AAUAAACUAAGAAACAAAUAUGUUACUUUUAAAAUACCUUCCGAUUGUACCUCUAAAAUAUUAUUCAAAAUAUAUUAAAAUGGACGAACACCCAAUUGUGUCAACAAAUCAUGACUCGGGGAAAUACCUGAGCUAUAAUAUAAUAUGUAAACCGCCGGGUGGUUUCUGUUGCAUUUCCUGCUGUUUAUAUGUAAUUGUACGGAUUGUUCCCUGUGCUAACUGUGCCUUAGAAUAACUAUUGUUUUUAGUUUGUGCUGUAAAAUUAUUAACGAAUAAUGAUUAAAAUUUUUCGACAUUGAACUUAUUUGCCAUAGGUAAGUACCUAUUUAUUUAUUAUAAAAUAUUUACUUUUCUAAUUAUUAUACUUGAUCAGGGAGGUUCUUCAGAGCUUACUC